AAUUUCCACCACCGACGCGCACGUACUACUGAACUCUUUCAGACGAGGCUCUUUGGUAGCUUUGCUGGCGAUAUAUCUCUCUAUUUUUGCCGAAAAUUCGCAGCUUCGGAAAGCGAAAUGGCUGACACAAUGAACUUUGGACCCGAGUGGCUCCGUACUCUCUCCAGUGGAGGAGGCAAUACUAAAUCUCCCUCGGGGGCCAAAACUGGGGGAACCGCUGAGCCCGGGGGGACCCACCAUCACUCCCCCCUCAAGCACUCUCAGUCCUACAACUCUUUCGUUUCUCCUCCAAAACAGCUUCCCACACCAACUGCCCCAUCGGGGAAGAAGUUUCCGCUAGCGACGCAUCGCUACGGGAAAGAGGAGCUCCUGCUAUUAUUUUCGGAGGACACGGGCAGGCCUGACGACGUUCCAAAUCUGUCUCCACUCACAAACUACGACUGGCGAUGCCACUUAGUUUCAUGCCUCUGACUGAGGAAGAACAGGUUGCACUAUCAGGUGGAAUGAACAGUGAGACUGUGUAUGGAGGAGGGAGGGGAAGAGGGGGUUACUAUAGAGGCAGGGGAAGAGGUAGGGGGAGAGGUGAGUAUCAUCGAAGCUCUAGUUACAGUGGAGAUGAUUAUGGAGGAGGAGGAGGAGGAGGAGGAGUGGGAAGUGGGGUUGUAGGAGAAGGAGGGAGAGGGGGAGGGUAUUACUACCGAGGAGGAGGGAGAGGGGGAGGAGGGGUAGCAGGAGGAGGAGGAGAAAUCGACGUCUGGAAUCCAGAAGGACGAGGUCGUGGAGGAGCGUCACGUGCUCUGAGAGACGGUAAUUGGAGAAGUUCUACGACACCCGACGAUGAGCCCGCCCCCGGCUGGGGUAACCAACGGCAACAGCAGCCACUGCCCAGUCCCGCUACUGGUGUGCCACCUCGCAAUGCCUGGGGUAAGAAGGAUCCCGCGGCAACACCGACUGGUCAAACUGGUCAGACGGGUUCUGGGAGGUGGGGCCACCCGGCCAGUCUGCCUGAGUGGGCCAGAGACGACAUGAUGACCACCACCAGUGUCGGGACAUUUGACUCCACGGGGACCUUCACCUCCAGUGGGGAAAAGUCUAGGGCAGCAGUAGUGGAUGACAGCAAACCUGCUUCCUCCCAGUCGACUAACAAACAGUCUGUGGAAGGUGAGACCUCAGUGGUGGAUAACCAGUCAACUCGGCAACAGAAACAGCUGAAAACCACCGCUCAAAAUGAGAGCCAUGCCACGACUAACAGAGAAGGUCUGGUGCUGAAAAUGAGCGAUGAACAUCUCGUCGCAUCCCCACACCCCUCCCCCCUCACAGACUCCUCCUCCCACCGUCCCCAUCCUCACAAGUCACACUCUCUCGGCAGCCAUCCCGUCGCUGCGAGUGUGUUUCCACUUGCAACUCACCCCCUCCCCCUCUCCUCCUCCUCUGCCAUGUCGUCUAGACACGUCGUUCGCCCUUUGACUCUCUCUGCUGUUUCUCUUCCUCCUCCGGUGACCUCUGCGACCCCUGCCGAAACUCCGCCCUCUGUUAUCGGGCCGACCGCCCACCUGGCCAGCGGAGACGUGGUGAUGUCACGUGACAAUCACGUGAUCUCCCACGGAGUGUCACAUGACAGGGGAAAGGAGCGACUGUUUUCUCCUCAUUUGGUCGAGGACGACCAAAUGAGGAGAAUCGAAAAGGCAACUGAAGCUCUGCUGUAUACUGAAGAAGAAAUGACGCCAUCCCCUGGACCAAUUCCCCAGCCUCCUCCCCCCACCACUUCCUCUGUCCUCACUCCUUCCUCUGCCCAUGCCACGCCCUCUCCUGCUGCCCCACCCCAGAAACCCACCCCACCCUCCUCCUCCUCUUCCCUCCCUGGCCCCACCUCCACCUCGGUCGGCCCCGAAGAGCUCAACAAGUGGUUCUACAAAGAUCCCCAGGGCGAAACACAAGGACCAUUCCCAGCUACUGACAUGCGAGAGUGGUUCAACGCCGGCUACUUUACCAUGGAACUGAUGAUCAAGAGAUCCUGCGACGCUCUGAUGCUUCCUCUAGGUCAGAUGAUCAGGAUCUGGGGACGGAUUCCGUUCCAACCAACAAGCCAUGCCCCGCCCCCAAUACGACCCGAGGAACCCUUCUGGCAGCGCCUCUUCCAACAACAGUUCAUCCUCCAACAACAAAUGCAACAUAAACAACAACAACAACAACAACAACAGCAAAUGCAACAACAAGAGUUGUUGCAGCAACAACAGCGCCGGGUGAACCAGCAGCCGCUCCCAGCUGCUGCGAAGGAAGAACAGUGGCCUGACAUAACGGGCGGAGAAAGCCUGUGGGAGACGCCCCUGACACGUCCACCUCCGCCCAGCUCUUCUGUAAUCACCGCCAACACCCAGCUUAUCCAGCAACAAAAGAAACCCGAGGAAAAAGUGAGGAGGAUUGAAGAGGAGAGAGAGGAAAAGAUGCGGAGGGAGUCUGAAGAACGAAAGAGGGCAGAAGAAGAACGACAGAGACAAGUGGCAGCUGAGCUGGCCAGGAAGCAGAGAGAUGAAGAGGAGGCGAAAAAGCGCGUCCUGGAGCAAGAACGGGAGAGACAGGAACAGAUGAAGCGCGAGCAGCAGGAGAGAGUGCGGCAGGAGCAACUGAGGAGGGAGGAGGAAGAGAGGGCGCGGAAAGAGCAGCUGCGGGCGGAGCUGACGAGGCAGCAGGAGAAGAUGAGGAAGGAGCAGGAGAGGGCGAGGCUGGAGCAGAUGAGGAGGGAGGAGGAGAAGAAGAAAGCCGAAGAACAGGAGAAACUGAGACUUGCUAAAGAACAGCAAAGAAAGCACGAGAUGUACCUUCAACAACAACAACAACAACAACAACAACACAGCUUAUCGAACAACAACAAGAACUACAGAGGAAACAACAAAUGGAACACCAACAGAGACAAUUGAGGCUGCAGCGAGAGCAAGACGUUCAGAGGUCAACUCAGCAACAGCUGGGGUCGUUGCCAUGGGUGCCACAGACCACACCCACCAGUCAACAAGCUCCGUCGUUACUCCAGAUACAGCAGGAGGAGGAGUCUCAGGCAAAAGAAAUGCGAAAUCGCGAAGAGCAGAUGAGGACGCAACACAUGAAAUUGUUUCAACAGCCACAACAACCACAACCGCAGCUUGGAUGGGGAAAGAGCUCGAUAAAGAAGCCAAAAUCGCUGGUAGAGAUUCAACAGGAGCAGCAGACAGACCCACAAGAGUUGACCACACCCACUUCCGCCAGUGGGCACGGUCUAAAGGGGAAGUCAUACUUUACCUUUGGAACACCAAGUUCACUGAACCCACCUCCAAAUGUACAAAAUUGGAGCUCGUUGGCGGGCAAGAAAGCUCCGCCUACUUCCUGGGGUGGUGGACAGCCACACCCACAUGACGAGGUGGCAAUGACGUCGUCCAAUCAGAAGGGGGGUAACAGGCCGCAGUUCAAAAUCGCUGACGGCGAACUAGACGAGGUGUCGUUCUGGGACGACUGUGCCAGGGAGGUGAAGAACAGCCGUAGUCAUGGCAACCAGAGUGGUAGUCAUGGGAACCAGAGUGGUAGUCAUGGCAACCAGAGUGGACCUUCGUGGGGAGAGGGCGCGGCUCCGAAGAAGAAAGACAGGGAGGAGGAGAACAUUCGACGACUGUUUUCAGUCAACUCUGCAACGGAGGAGUUCAACCAGUGGUGUGAGAGAGAGCUCAAGAAAUUCUCCACUGAUGUCGAUGCUCAAACCUUCAUCAGCUUUCUGCUGGAAGUGGACUCGGUGUACGAGGUGCACGACUACAUCAAGUCCUAUCUCGGAGAGACGGACGAAGCACACGAGUUUGCCAAAUCUUUCCUCGAUCGCAGACAGAAGAUCAAAUCAACCAAUAACCUUCCUCCGGCAUCACAGGGCAAGAAAUCCCGCCCUAAGAACAACAGCAGUGCCCACGCAGAACUCUCCCCGGCUGAUCCAAUCAAAAUGGGUGGGGCCUCUGGUGUUGGGGGUGUGGCUAGCAGCAGCAGCGAGGGGAGUGGAGGAGGAGGGGGUACAUCGAGGUCGAGCAAGAAGAAGAAGAAAAAGAUGCAGAAAGUCAAUCCAGCUGCCCUCCUCGGCUUUACUGUCAAUGCAGGGGAACGACCAAAUAUGGGAGGAGAGAUACAGUCAGCGAAAGAUGCCGUGUAGAGUCACGCACGUUGCCUAGCAACCAGGACCAUUGUCACGGACACCAUCUUUCACCAUCUCUUAUUACAAGACUGUUUCUUUCCCCUGUUGUACUGCCAUCGUUGGGCACCUUUGUUGUACUAUGUGUUUCUGAAGUAAUUUGAGAAUUGAUGAUUCUUUUUACCUGC